AGGUUCCAGUUCAGGGACUCGAUGAAGGUGCUGGGGAGGGCGGUGGAUCUCACGUACACGCACGCCCGGGGAGAGAAUCGGACGGUGGUGGACGGGGCGGUGGCAUUCGACGCGAGGAACAGGAUGGCGGUGAGCCACGCGCUGGGGACCAAGGAGUGGAAGGUGGGGUACACGUACGCGCACGGGGCACUCCGGCGGACGGUGGCGGAGACUUCCUACGACUUUAAAGGCAACGCCUGGUACUUCGCCGUGACGAGGAGGUUAGAAGGGGGUGAUGCCGUUAAGGCGACAUACGGGACCUCCUCCCAAGCCCUAGGCCUCGAGUGGGCCCGGAACUCUCCAAUUACCGGUACCUUCAAGGUUUCUGCAUCUAUCAAUGUGGCGGAGAAAAAUAUUGUUCCAAAACUUACAGCUGAGAGUACAUGGAAUUAUGAGGUAUGAUUUAUAGAAUUUUAAAAAAAUUCUUUGAUACGAGGAUAGAGAUUAUUGUAAUUUUAUAAUUUUUGGUUUCCCAUUGGUUUAAAUUUCUAUCAAAUAAUCGAUUUGUUUUCUGUCAAAUACUGACAAUUAAUAUUCUGGCAUGAAACUGAUA